AAAAAAGAAAAUUUGCAGGGAUCAAUGUCCAAAUGAUAAAUAUCUACUACUCAUGGGUAUAAUAUACAACUUAACCAGUACGUACUCUGCUUUUGAUUGCGUCAAAGAGUAGAGCUCCUUUAUUAUACUAAUUUUUUUUCGUGAAAAUAUUUAAAUUGACAUAUUUUCGAUACUACAACUAUAAUUAAAAUGCUCAAGAAUACAGUAGCAUUAAUAACCGGAGGAGCCUCUGGCCUAGGUCGUGGCACAGUUCUAAGAUUUGUCAAAGAAGGUGCGAAAGUUACAAUUGCAGACCUGCCCAGUUCAAAAGGUCAAGAACUAGCCAGUCAGUUGAAAAAUCAAGCUAUAUUUGUACCAACCGAUGUUACUUCGGAAGAAGAUGUAUUAAAUGCUUUAAAAGUAACUAAGACUAAUUUUGGCAAGUUAACAGCAGUUGUAAAUGCAGCAGGUAUAGGAUAUGCACACAAGACAUAUGAUUUUAAUAAAAAUCAACCACACCAAUUAGAUGAAUUUACUAAAGUCAUUAAAGUAAAUACAUUUGGAACUUUUAAUGUGAUAAGACUAGCUGUUGGUCUUAUCGGUGAAAAUACACCUAAUGAAGAUGGUGCACGUGGAGUUAUAAUCAAUACUGCAAGUGUGGCAGCAUAUGAUGGACAAAUGGGACAAGCUGCGUACUCUGCCAGCAAAGCUGCUAUCGUUGGAAUGACUUUACCAAUCGCUCGUGAUUUGUCUAGACAUGGUAUACGUAUAGUAACUAUUGCACCUGGAUUAUUUGAUACACCAUUAUUUGCAACUUUACCAGACAAAGUACGCAACUCUUUGUGCAAAAUGAUACCUUUUCCUCAAAGAUUAGGUAAACCAGACGAAUAUGCACAUCUAGCACAGCAUAUAAUUGAAAAUACUCUUCUAAAUGGAGAAACAAUAAGAUUGGAUGGUGCUAUCAGAAUGACGUAACUUAAAAAAUAUAAUAUAUUUUUAUAUUCAAACAAGUGGAGGGUAAAUAUUGAACAGGGCUACUACUAAGUUAAAUAAAUUUCUUCAUAAUGAUGAAAUAUACAUCUAUAAACAUGCAGAAUUAAAUAAUCGUUUCUUAUUUUU